UCUGAACCUGUUUUCUCGAAAAUUGUCGAUCAUUUUAUGAUUAUGUGUACGUAUGUAAUUGACGGAUAAAUAAAUGAUUUUGUGUGAUCAAAUGCAGUUGAAGGUGGCAUUGACGUUGGAAGAGCUGUCGUUUGUGGUGAAAUGUCCGCUUCAAGGUCACAGAGGUGUGGCGGUGCAAGAGGCCGGCAUAUGGGACAAGGAGGUGGCCAUCUAUGUGACCACACUGCCCACGCUGACUGACCUGUUGGGAGGAGAUUCGGUCGCCCCACGGCUGAUCGCAUGUGGGCCUGGUGGCCAGAUUGUGCUCCAGGAUAUGUCAACCCGCGGUUACAAAACGGUGCCGCGUCUCGUGCAGUUGGAUUAUUGUCACAGUGUGGUGGCCGUGCAAGCGGUUGCCAAGCUCCAUGCGGCGUCGCACGUCGCCAUGGAAACGGGCGUUGGUGACGUCACUCUGGCUGGACGGGAGGUGCUCUACUGCGACAGGCUUGAGAAAGAGAUGACUCAGCAUCUUGCGCCUGUGUUCGCGUGUCUCGCUGAUGAGCUAGAAACGUGGUCAGGCCUAGAGCACUACGCCACAAAGAUCCGCUUACUGGCUGCCAACAUCUUCCAACACUUGAAACAAGCAGCCAAGCCUUCACAACAUUUUAACGUGCUCAACCACGGUGAUCUCUGGGCCAACAACAUCAUGUUCAAGCAUGACAAACAUGGCCGACCGCGCAAGGCGAAACUCGUCGACUUCCAGACAUCUCGCUGGACUUCUCCAGCUCACGACCUCCACUAUUUCAUUGUCUCCAGCAUGGAUCACGAUUCCUGCACCACAAAACUGGACAACUUCCUGGAGGCCUACAUAUUAACCCUCAACCAACACCUCGAAACCAUGGGCUCUCAAAAACAGCUGACAAUGCAGAUUUUAGAAGCGGAUCUGAAGCGAACUGCAAUUUAUGGGUUGUAUGUGGCCGCUAGUACUGUAGCAACCAAAAUGGCGGAUGAAAAUUUGGAUUUUGAUUCUUGUGAAGGUGAUUCGAGCCCCUAUCUGAAGGCUAUGAAGAGUAUACGCUACAGGGAGAUUAUGCCUGGUCUAUUGGCGUAUUUGGAAAAGUAUGGUGUAUUUGAUUAGAAUAUUUCUUCAACAUUUUCCCUUAAUGAUGAGUUAUUCAAAUCAAUAGUUCAAAUCUAUAAUAUAUAUGGCUAUAUUUCGCAAAUAGUAAGGCAUUCAUUAAUGUCAAUGCUUACUUUUAUUUUUACUCAUUGUUAUGAUUAUCUUAUUGAAUGACUAUACCUAUAGUUUCCACGUUGAAACAUGAACUUCGAGAAAACAUUAUUUAUUUAAAAAAACAUAGUUCUAUUCUUGUCACAUCCACAUUCGUUAGACUUGUACACAGGAGCGCAGUUUCGUGUAUAGUGUUCAAUAAAAUAAUGUGUAUGUGACAAUAAUAAAACGGUGUAGCCUAAUCUCCAUAAUGUAUCAAUUCCACAUUAUCAAUAAUUCUUAUUCAACAAAUUUUAUCAUUAAGUCUUAUUUCUCAUAUUCACGUUUCCAUUACUGUAUAUUAUUCUAUACAGAAAUACAGAUCAAUGAUAAUGUUUUUUUUCAGUGACUAUGAAUCUUUCAUGAAUAUUUUCGUUUCUCAGUUUGAAAAUAGAUCUCGUUCCCUUUUAAUUUAGUGUGAAAACUUUUCAUAAAUUUUUGGUUGUAUAGAUUACAAGUUAAUUUUUAUUGUUUCUCAGUUUGAACGAUUUAUUUGAUAAUAGAAUCCACUGAUAUUUUUGUGAUGAGAAUGUCACUCUUGCAUGUACCUGAAAUGCUUCAGCUUUGAAUAUUAAUGUAUUUACGAAACUGAUAUAGAAAAAAAUAUUAUAGAAUAAGAAAUGGAAGAGUAUAUUACAACAUCUUAGAGAAUAGUUUCAUUGUUCAUAGAGUGUAAAGCCUAUCUGUAAUUGUAAUGUUUGACCGAGAAAAACAUGAGAAAUGUGAUUCUAAGUCGGAGUAGGAGUUGCACACUAUUUUACAGUAUUAACUAUGUAUUCAAUACUAGGCUAACUGGGAAUAUUCGAAUGUAGGCUUAUCGAUACCUGAAUAUUCUCAUAACAUACUAGUUAGACAUUAUUAGACCAAUUAUAGUGUAUCAUUUCUGCAGAUGUACCUGAGAAAAUGUGUUAUAAUAAUAGUUUAUAAUCAAUUAUUGAUGCUUCAAAAUCGUUGUAUAAACAAGAUGUAAGUUUCUUUUAAUAAUUUGAUCAUACUAGAUCAGAGUUACUCCUCUUAAAUAUGGUAUUAAAUAUAGUAUGGUAUUAAAUAUAAGAAUGGUAUACAGUAUUCAUCUACCAUUGUGUUUGUAACUUACUAAUCUCGAGAGAAUAUCCAAUAAAGUUUUGCAAACCAA